CGCGCGGGGCGCGGCUGCUUCCGCGCCCUCCCCCGGGCGGCGGAGCCGGCGGCAGCGGCAGCGCGGGGCCGGGGAGGCCGUCCCGGGCUGGGCCGGGCAGGCCAGGCCGCCCCGCUGGCGGCCGGGAAGUAGCAGGCGGCGGGGCAGCGGCUCCCGGCGGCAGCGCCGUGCGGGGGUGGGUGUCUGCCCCGGGCCCGGCCCGUCCGAGGGGCGCCCCGCCGGGCCCUGCCGCUCAGGCUCCGCGCCCGCCUGGCUGUUGAGUCGCCCCGAUGCGGAAAGCGGGCCCCGAGCCCGGCGGUGCCCGGCCGGGGUGCGGGGCGGCCCGCGGAGCUCGGCCGCGCUGGGAGCGGCCCCGCGCUCUGCCCCGGGCGGGCGCUGCCCCCGCCAACCCGCGGCUGCGGUUACCGGUGCGGCGUUCCAAUAAAGAUUUGCGGGAAGGCUCCGUAUCGGUGGCUUCUCCGAGUCAUGAAAGUCAAUCCCACGGUUCACUGACACUUUUUUUGAGUACACGUGGCUGAAAAAUGUCGCGUAUUCGAGGGGCGGCGGUCGGUGCCCUCAGGUUUUGGGGCGUGGGGGCCUCGGGCUGGUGUGGAAUCCCCCGCCAGCCCGAGUCAGGGCUGCGCGCCCGGCUCUUGGCUCUGGGACGAGCGGGGUUUCGUCCGUCCUGCUGCUGCUUCCAUAAAAGUACAAGAGCUGUGUGUGUGCAGGCCUCUCCGGCUCCUGAGGUUUCAGAAGGAACCUGAGAGCCCGGGACUUCUUGUUUGUUCCGUGGCUGCAGGAAUGGAUGCAGUGAAGAGGUGUGUUGGUGCUGAGGCCUGAGUCUUGUCAAUCAGUUGGAACAUUUUCAGUUGGUUGAAUGAUUACGCCGCAUCAGAUGGAAGGACUGUUCAUCUGUCACUUGGGAUGUUUCAAGGAUUUUUAUGUGCGGAGGAAUUGAGAUGUAUUAAAUGUUAUAUUGGCCAUAACAGCAGCAGGAUGUAUAAGGAACGUUGUUUUAACUAUUAAAGGGCAUAAUGCAGAAUCCUUUAACUUUUUCUGCAGUCUAUUUUAGAUGGCAUAAAAGGACUCCUAUGUAGACAUAAUUAUGUUAUUAUUUAAAAAAUAAAGGACAAAAAAGGUGGUGUUUUUUUGCAUGCUAAUCCUGCAGAGAAACAUUGUGUCCAACAAAAUAUGCUGGGUCAGCAAAGCCAAGAAACUUGUGCUGGAAAGACAGUAUCCACAGAUAAACAAAAAUCACCUGCGGAUGUAAUACAAGGUUUUCAGAAGAAAAGUCAGUUCAGGACCAUUGCUCCAAAAAUGGUACCAAAAAUGUUAACAUCUGGAUUGGUUUCUUGUCUUCAGUCAUCUUUGCCUGAGCAAAACACACCAAUUUCAGCUCUGGGUUCUAAACCACUGGUGGUACCAACUCACAACUAUGCUGUCAUGCAGGUGACUGGUCAUGAGGGGACUUUCUCUCUGCUUGCCUUGCCAUAUGUUGCCCCUGCCCUAACACAGCGAGUCCAGCAGUCCAAGGUGCCCCCUUCUGAAAACCUAAAGCUGCCUAUCCCCAGGUACCAGUCUGUAAAAAACAAAUUGCUGAGAGACAAAAAAGCGGCACAAUUCUCUGCUCUGGGCGCACAUAACAAGAUCCCUGCCAAAGCAUCGACCUCGUCACAGACUCCCCCCGUGACUACCUUAGUUGAAGACUGUCCUGAAACGCAUUCUAGUUCAGAUUCAGCUGAGCAAAUGUUGCUAACAGGUCGUGACUCAGCUGAGAUUACAGUUGCCACAUUAGUAAAUAAAAGCAAUUGUGUGGAAUCUGCAUCUCCUUUAUUGAACACAACUGAAAUUGCUAACGGUAAUGUUUCUGGACCAUCUGUAGUAAAGGAAUCUUUAUCCAAGCCAGUAAGUACAGUUAAUCCCAUGAAACUAAAUCUACGUUCUGUGAAGACAACAUCUGAAACCACAAGAGAGUCAUUCAUAAUGUCUGAGAAACUAAAGCAAAAACCCACAAAUUUUGCAAAUUCUGUUGCUGUCCUGUCACCAGCAGUUUUUGGCAGUAAAAUUCAAAUGACUCCAUCAGCACCAAAAGGAAAACUUCCUAUUUUGCCUUACUCAAGGAUGAAAAAUUCAGUGUUCUGUGAAUCUAAGCAGAAUACUAAUGUUUCGGACGUAUCUGGUCCUUCGCUAAGAUCUGAGUGUGAGAAGAUACGACCUUUGGCAAAAACCUUUCAUGUUCCUACUGAAGCCUCUGAGAAGCCAUUAGCUGUAUCAUUUACACAAGUCCCCAGACAAACCACUCGAGAAAAUACCUUCUCUCCCUCCAAUAAAGUGGAUGUUGACAGUCUUAAAAAAUUGAACGGUGCUGCCGCUAAAAGAAGAAGCAGGAAAAGAAGAGGCCCAGAUGAUUUAUUAGCUUUUCAGACCAAGCGAAAGAAAUGCAUCAUUAAUAAGAUCAGAGAAGGAAGAGAGAGGGCGAAAGCUGAUCUGCAGCCACCUGAAGACAAAAAUGCAGAAACUGUGAAAAAAUACCGUAGCAUUAGACCAAAACCAGUGGUAGUUGUGCAGGCUUUUGCACCACUGACUUCUGCAGCAAUAGUAGGGACACCAUCUCCUGGCCAUUUAGACCAAGAUAUUCUUCUAAAUAGUUCACUUCCCAACAGAUAUUUAAGUUACAAGCCUAGUGAUGCUACAUCAGCUAAAUCAAGUGAUUUAAAUAGAAAUGCUUGUUCAGCCGCCCCUAAGCUGUCACAUAAAUGUCAUGUUUGUAACCACAUCUUCCAGUUCAAGCACCAUCUCCAGGACCACAUGAACACACACACGAAGAAGCGGCCGUACAGCUGCCGGGUUUGCCGCAAGGCCUACAUCCACUCGGGGAGCCUGAGCACGCAUAUGAAGCUUCAUCACAAUGAAGGCAAACCCAAAAAACUUGUGUGCUGUGAAUUCUGUGCUAAGGUUUUUGGCCAUGCUAAAGUGUAUUUUGGUCACCUAAGAGAAGUGCACAGGGUUGUUAUCAGCACAGAGCCCUCUACUAGCGAGCAACAGCUGCAAGAUGCAUUGAAGAAGAGAGACACAAAUAUAAAAGAAACAGAAGAAGCAAUGGAGAGGGGAAAUAAGUGCAAUUUUGAGGACCUGUUCCAUAACCCAGGAGAAGUGAAAUUACAGAUCAAAUGUGGUCGAUGCCAAUUUAUUGCACAGUCUUUUGGUGAAAUGAAGUUCCACUUAUUGUGCUCUCAUGGAGAAGAGAUUCAGGGAAGAGUAAAGGAAGGGGCUUUGCAAGGAAAUAGAGGAACUAAGGGGGGGAAGAUCAAGCAUGCAGCCCACUUCUGGAAACAGCGCAGUGAAAGAAGACAUCUAGCAAAAUGCAGUGCCCAUGAGGAGAAGUUUUAUACUCUUCCAAAACUGAAAAGACAGAUGUACUUUCACCAUCAAAAUAAUGUUGAUAUGUUAUCUAAAAGUGAACUGGCUCAGUCAGGAAGUGGCCAAGCAGCCAAGGAGAUUCAAAAUGUAGGUUUUGGUACACCAAGCAAAAAACCAGAAAUUUGGUCUAAAGUGGGCUAUAACUGCAUUUUAUGCAAACAGUUAUUUGGAAGAAAAGAGGAUCUUCAUAACCAUUGGCAGAGUCAUCAUAACUGUGAAGACCCGUCCACUUUAUGGACAAUUUUUAGUUUGUUAUCAAAACAAGGAAUUAUUGAACUUUGUAAUAGUGGUGAAUGUUGAACUCAAGUCUACAGUGCUAGGAAAAACAUCAACUACCUUACCAAAUUGUUUGUGGUUUUUGCUGUGUUGCUAAACUAACUCAAGAGAUGUAUCACUUCAGAGGUUGGUUUUGUGCAUUUUUUGGGGAUUUUUUAAGUUAUGCUAGCUUUUAUUUAGUUGAAUAGAAAAUGUAUUUUUCCAGUAGCAUUCCAGGAGAGUACAUGCAGGCCAAUCAUGAAAUACUGUACUUAAAAUUCAUGCUUAAGGAACAUAGCAGCAUGCAAAUACUCAGUACUAAUGGUUAACAUAAAAAAAAAAGAUUCUGAAAUUCAGUCAUACUAUACACAUGGAAAUAAAUCAGUUUAUGUGAAGUAGUCUCUAUCUUGAAUGAAAUGGCAAACCUGACAGAAAGUGUAAUUUCAGUUCCAACUGUGCUUCCAGAUUUUAUGGUAAAUACAUAUUUCCAUGCAGUUCAUGAUGAAUCAUUUGAAUGUGCGCACAUGCAGCUGGCAUUCAAGAGAUGUAUAAUCUAUAAUUUCAGAGGUUUUAAUUAUUGUUUUCUUGAUUUCAUUGUUUUCAAACAUGUUCAUUGCUUAUGGGUUUGUUAUUGGCAGGUCUCUUGGGUGUUAGAUUCUUUCCUGCUAAUGGCAAGGAUCUUUGGAUUUUAAAAAUGAAAAAUCUACAUGGAUAAUUUUGCCUCUAGCUCUGUGGAUUGCAGACAAGUUAGUGGCCACCCAUGAAGAUGAAACCCUCAGAACUUGACUUUUAUGAAAAAAAAAAAAAAAAAAAAAGAAGUUUAAAUAGUGUUCUAAAUAGUGUUCUGAGUUGGUUACUCCUGGGAAGUUUGACAUUCUGCAAUAGACUGCAUGUUUCACAGUGAGCUUUUGGCAUAUUCCUUGCACCUCCUGUGACAGCAGCACUACUGCUGCCAGCACUGUUAGCACUCUGCCUUUAAAACUCUUGGUCUAUAGCUUUUGUACCUCUGCAGCUGACCCGCUCUGUGGCUUUAAAGGGAAAUUGUUCCUUGUCUUUGGAGGUCUGUGGAACAUGUAAUGGGUUUUUUUCACUUGUGUUGCCAGAUUCACUCUAUUAGAGGAACACCUGAAGCUUCCAGUGUCAGGAGCCUGUAACAGUUGCCUUAGCAGGCAGCCUGUGAUGCAGGAGCAGUGCAGGCUGUGUCCCCUGCUGCAGAGCAGGCACACUGAGGGACCAUUGCAGCACAACACACAGGGGGCAGGUCAGUUCAGGCUGUAAAGAGAUGGAGUUCUGGAGCUCAGUUUUGAUGAAAAGAUCAUUGAACCAUUAUAUCUAGUUUGAAAUUGGUGUUUAACUGCUUUUACUGAAAGCCUUAUGUUCUUCUGAAUUGUUUUGGGAGCAAUAAGAAGGCAGCAUAAGAAGUCACUUUAUCACUGUUCAACAGAAGUUGGAGCACAUCAGAGGAGGGCAAACUGAAAAACAUACCAACACAGGACUACUCUGUCCAUUUCUUCUUGUGGUCAAAGUAUAACUGAGUGGUUGCUGUGGUGGAAUCAUUCCUCAAAUGUCCUUGGUGGCUUCUUGCUGUUUUCAAAAAUUGUGGUGAUGAGAUAAUGAGAAGACAUCUAAAAAUGUUGGGUUUUCUGAGUGGAAUUCCAGAAGAUGUUGCAAUAUUUUGUGUGUUCAUUUUGUUCUUAAACAGUAAAGACAAUUUGAUGAGCUGCUA